CUACCGCCUAAUGCGGGAGCGCUGGCGAGCAAUGGUGACGUCACGGCCAGCGACAAUGUCAUGAACCGCGUCGCCGACGCCAGCAAGUCUCUCUUUCAAAUAUGCGUGACGCUGCGGCAACGGCUCCUGGCCGUCCCGGGCUUUGCCGACUCCCUCAUGAUGGAGGAGGACGAAGCGGAUGAUGACACCGAUCCCGUGACUGUGCUAUGGCGGACGUUCCGGCGAGGAGUACCGCUCAUGGAGCUGUACAACGCGUUGGAGCCGGAGAAGCGACUGAUGCUUGGGAAUGGGAUCAGAGACGAUAAGAAGGGCAAGGCCGCGACCUUCAAGUUCUUGCAGGCUUGUGUCAACGAGCUCAAGUUCCCGCAGGAGGAGUGCUUUAUCGUUACCGAUCUCUACGGCGAUGACACGACCGGCUUCGUGAAGGUGGCUAAAGUCGUGAAUCGCGUGCUCGAUAUUAUGGUACAGCGUGGAUUGGUAGACGACAUCCGCUCCCCUGCUCAAGACCUGGAGCAAGCGGAACAAGGUAUGAAGCGGACCCACCGCCAAAACAUCAUCAACGAACUCGUGACGACCGAACGAACAUACGUCCAGCAUCUCGAACUCCUCCAAGCCUUCAAACACCUCAUCGAAGAGAAGGGCGUGAUUCCCGGCGACGCCAUCCACGACAUCUUCCUCAACCUCAACUCUCUCCUCGAUUUCCAGCGCCGCUUCCUCAUCCGCGUCGAACAGACCAACGCUUUACCCGAAGACGAGCAAAACUGGGGCAAUCUGUUCGUCCUGUAUUGCGAAGCCUUCAAGGUUUACGAACCGUACAUCGCCAACCAGCACAAGUGCCGGAAGACGGUCGAAGCCGAGUUCCCGAAACUGAAGGAAGCUGGAGGGAGUAUGGAAAUGCGGCAGAUGGUGGAGAGCUAUACGCAGCUUUACAGCGGGUUUCUGAUGAAGCCGUUUCAGCGAUUGACCAAAUAUCCGGAUUUACUGGAACAGCUAUACAAGAAGGGCGACUUGGAUGAGGACAGAAGGCAGGAUCUCUUACUAGGUAAGGAAGCCGCGCAAUCGAUCCUUACGCGGACGAACAAGGCGCUCGACCGCGAAGAGAAGGCCGAAGCGGUGCAAGAGCUGAGAAUGCGGGUGGAGGAUUGGAAGGGCCACCAAGUCUCCGGCUUCGGCGAAUUACUACUCUACGGCACCUUCACCGUCCUGAAGAGCGAGAACCUCGCUUCCGGCAAAGACGGCGAGCGGCAAUACCACGUCUACCUCUUCGAAACGAUCUUGCUCUGCUGCAAGGAUAUCGAUCCAUCGAAGCCGAAGAACAAGCUCAGCGGCAAACCGAUGGUGGAUAAACGGGGCAAGCCGAAGUUGCAGCUCAAGGGCCGCAUCUUCAUGCAGAACGUGACGGAUUUGGUCUCGCUGGCCAAACCAGGCUCAUACACGUGCCAGAUCUUCUGGAAGGGCGACCCGAGCAUCGAGAAUUUCAUCAUCCGCUUUGCGACGGAGGAGACGAUGAAGAAGUGGGCGCAGCAGAUUGAGGCGCAGCGGAGGCGGUUUCGGGGGGAUGGGGGUGGGACGAGCGCGACGGAGUUUGUGUAUAUGCAGAGUCAGCCUGCGAUUGAGAAUCCGUACGCGAGGAUGGCGCGGGAGGAGGAGGAGGAUGAGGAGGAGGAGGAAGGCCAGGGGGAGAGGGAUGACGAUGUGGAGACGUUGGUUGCGAGUCGGGCCGGGAGUUGGGAGACCGGCGGCGCUACGAUGUUCAGCCAGAGUCGGAAUGGGAGUCAGAGUAGUCUUCGCUCUCGCAGCACGACGGGCGAGAGCGCGAUGUCGGCUUCGGGGUCGAUGCAGCAAGGGCGCGCACCGCCGCCGAGAUUCGCGCCGGGCAGUCUGCAGCAGCCGCUUAGUUUGCGCACGCAGCAGUUACCGCAUGGCACUAACUCGCCCAUGUCUGGUAUUCUGCCGGUGGGGGCGGAGAGUUACUUCUCCCCUACCGGUGAAUCGCCGAUGCAGAGUGCGCGGACGAGUGGCAGUUCGGGGAUGUAUCCUUUCCCGCGGCAGGCAGCUGGAAGUAGCCUCUACGAGGAGGAACGGCAGGGACAGCAACAACAACAACAGUCGAACGCGAGGUUCACGGCGCCGGCGGUGGGGCGGAGUCAGCAAUCCCCCUCUCCUUCUUCUAUUUCUAGUUCUACCGCUCCUUCCGCGGUUUCGGCAGCGAGACAAGGACGACCUGGCGCCGGCAUGCACAGCGCGCAGCAAAUGCCCCUACAACCCCGGAAUCGCUCGGCCAGUAGUCCGGACAUCCAUAAUCAUAAUGGGCAACAACGACUACCGCAUCAGCCGCAGCCGACGGUGUCGGGCACGGCGUUACGAGCGACUACUAAUGGCGCAGGAGGACAGCCUCCUGUCCCCGAUGUGCCGUACCAUCAUUACGCAGGCGGUCUCGGUGUAGGUGGGGGUGCGCCAAGAAGUCACAGCAACUCGCCGCAGUUGGUUCCCGGGCCGAGGGGACCGACGAUGACGAAUAGCAGUAGUCCGCAGCAGCGGGAGAGGACGUUCCCGGGGAGCGUGAGGUAUCAGAUGGACCCUUCGCCCACCUCUUCGCUGGGUUAUGGAGGAGGCUACCACCACCAGACCACGGCCAACUCAUCGCGGACAACGACGCCAGCCCCGGCAUCUGGAUCCUCGACUUCUGCGUCAGGCCCGACCCAACUGAAAGUCAAAGUCCACUGCCCCACUGCCUCGCAAGUCCUCACGCUCGUGGUGAGCACCAACAUCACCUACCAAACGCUGAAGGACCGCAUCGACGCGAAGUUGCAGCGCAGUACGAAUUUGCGGUUGAGUGAUGGUGGCGGAGGGGGGACGCCGGUGUCGGUUUCGCGGGAGAAUCUGGUGAAGCUGAAGUAUGCAGAUGAGGGGGAUUUUGUGAGUAUUCAGAGUGAUGAGGACGUGCAGACCGCGUUUGAGGCAUGGCAGGAGGGGGGUGGAGGUGGUGGGAGUGGGAGCGGGAGUGGAGGGAUGGGGGAGAUUGAGCUUUGGUGUCAGCGGUAA